UCGACUGUGAUUCAGUUAACCACCAUGGAGGCUCCCCAACAGUCACCGAAGGCAAGCGGCACCGGUGACCCGGAAGGCAAGGAUGGCAUUGAGCAGGUCAAGAAUGUUGUUCCACAGCUACCCCAGUAUCUGCACACGGUGGUCGAAAAACUUGCCUCGCGGGAUGGAUUUACGAUGGGCAAAUUUUCGGUUGUUUUCGAUCUGGGCUCCAACAAGGGCGAUGGCUUCGCAGGAGAGAUUUUCAAAGCCAUCGUAACGGAAAGUGUCCGAAAGAGCGAGUAUCUGUGCAAGAUCCCACCGUUGGACGAGGUACGCCGUGUACAGUUCCACGCGAUGAUUACCUUCGCCCGCGAGACCCUGGUGUACGAGAAGUUUCUGCCAAUGAUCUACAAGUAUCAACGAGAGAAGGGUUUAACAAGCCCCGGGGAAGGAUUCUUCCAUGCACCUCGGUGCUACCAUGCACAUUGUGAUGAGGCGGCGCAAGAAUCGGUCAUCGUGAUGGAGGAUCUUAGGUUGCGCGACUUCCAGAUGUGGAACAAACACAAUCCGAUCGACUACGAUCAUGCGAAGCUCUUCAUGGAGCACAUCGGAAGGCUACACGCCAUUUCACUGGCCAUGAAACGCGACCGACCGGAGGAGUUUGAGCCGUUUAAGCUUCCAAAUCCUUUCGAUAAACUUUCGGUGGAGGGCGAUCGUUUCGACAACAGUCUACUGUCACAGUUCCAAGUAGUGCUCGAUGCGCUCGACGAGCGCGACACCAUUGAGCAGACAAAGAUGGAGCAAUUAAAGCUGAACGUCUUCAAAGAACAGCAGCGGUGUGAAAAUGCGGCCUUAGCCGAACCGUACGCAGUGAUCAUCCACGGCGAUUGCUGGAUCAACAACAUGAUGUUCCGAUACAAGGAUGGAAAAGCAGACGAGAUAAUCCUCUUCGACUGGCAAGUGAUGCGCUACGUAUCGCCGGUGCUGGAUUUGGUCUACUUCAUCUUUUGCUGUACGGAUGAGGACUUCCGCAGGAAACAUUACGACGAAAUGAUUGAUAUUUACUAUCGCUCGUUGUCGGUCACACUCGAAAAGUUGCAGCACGCGGCCGACGAGCUGUUUCCUCGCGAUGCUCUGGAUGAGCAUCUUCGGCUGUUCGGCCGAUAUGGGCUACUGAGAGGCAUGUUUCUCGUACCUAUAAUGUGCACCGAGGCUGACGAAUUUCCCAACAUGGAGGAGAUGGCACGACGUUUACUUAUUGUUAUUGUUUUACUUUUAUAA